AUGAUCGCGCGCCGCCUCCAUGGCAAAUAUGUCAGCGGAAAGCUCAAUGGCCUUGAUGGCAAGUUCAAGGAGUUGGAGAAGUCACAAUGUCGAUGCGACGCUUGCAAGGUCAAAGAAAUCAUCGACGACGUCGAAGCCCUCAGGUCUGCGAACGACCAGCUUGAGAAAGACUCUCACGAAGGCCACCGACAAGGUCACUGA